CCACCGCGGCGCUCGCAUCAGAAAAGCCGGCGUGGCUGCUUGUCCUGUAAACAAGCCCACAUCAAAUGCCGAGAAGACGGGCCGCCCUGCGAACGUUGCAGGCUGAGAGGAACCACCUGUACAUAUCCCGACCCGCCU